AUGGAGCACAAUACAUGUUGCGAAGGUGAAGAAGACGAUGGUAGUGGACCUUGGAGGGAUGUUCAGUAUCAGAAAUAUAGAAGAAACCCCAGAAACGGGGUUGAGAUGACGUUCAUAGUGCAGAACCUACCGGACCGAACGACAAAAAUGGUGUUAUGGAGAGCUUUUCAGCCACACGGUUUCGUGUCGGAUGCUUAUGUAGCACGUAAGAAGGAUAAGAGAGGCAACAGUUUUGGGUUUGUUCGAUACAAGGGAGUGGAAAAUUUGGAUGCAACUUUGGCAGGUAUGAAUACGGUAAAAAUCUUUGAAGCAAAGGUGUUGGUGUCUCUUGCAAAGUAUGAUAAGAAUCACAACAAGUUCAUCUACACGGCAAAGUUUAUGGGCGAAAAAGUAUGGAGGCCAAAGGAUUCUGCUCAGACCUUCCAACGUAAUAAAGAUAGCGCGUUCCGGAGUGCGGAGUUAAGGGAAGGUCAGUCGUUUGCUAGUUUAUUCCAAAGGAAAACCAAGUUCCGAACACGGGUGCAAAAACCAUCUCGGUAG